GUACUUGUUUAAGAAUUUGAUAGCUUGUAAGUAAGUUUUAUUAUUAGGUUAUUACUUAAAUCUAAGUGGUGCACCCAAAAUUUUUUUGGUGCACCCAAUUUUUUAAACUGGGUGCACCAGUGCACCUAAUCCCAAAAAGGAAUUUCGAGCCCUGAGUGCUUAGUGGCACAUACAAUUACACUUCAAUUGCAGAUGUACUCCAUUAACAUUUUAGAGUGUGUGUAAUGACUUUUAUUCUAUUUGUUUGAACCUUUGUUGCCAUAAAAGCUCAAAUAAUUGAGGUUAUGAAGGAAGAGGCAAGGGUCAGACAACGUAAAGGACAGAGAUACAAUUUAAAGUCCUAAUGAGUCUUAUAAGCCUAUAUACACACUUCCACAUACAUGGUACAGAACAAAUAAUAAUAGUGAGAGACAUGAUUCGAGUCCAUUCAUUCUAUUUUUUAUGUAGAUGCCUAAUCAUCCACAUCUAACACAAAAUGUUUGUGACUGAAGACCUUCCUGGUAACUCAACCUUGACAGUCACCAUUGACAACGUUGUAUCCUGAAAACGUAAGCACUAAGGAAGGAGAAUCAGAUGUUCAAGUUUAAAUACACCCAUACAAACAAUCUGUUGGAACAAAGACUUUUUUUUUUAUAUAAGACCUCUUGUAGGUAACGUCCUGGUGGUAACAUGCAGGUGUGUCAUCAAUAUCUAGGGCACCGGAAUUGUACAACAUGGCGACGCCCACAAACGCCGAGGAAAACAAGACCGGUUUAGCCACCGCCAACCUGUAAUUAGAAUUAAAUUCCCAUUUAGUUGUUCUGUACGGCUGGUGUGGUGUGCGCCACUACGCGAUGAGAUUUGGAUAAUCAGGUAUAAGAGCUGGCUACAACUUUGACCUUUGACAUCUGUCAAUGUUACAACCGGCUAUCCGCCAUCUUGAUUCCUGUCGAUGUGUGCUUUGUCCAGGUUAUGUAGUAUUUUGGUCUUUUAUUUUUCGUCCAGGAUCAGUUAAAGGUCAGAUAUGGCAGCAAGCGAUGGGUCUCUAGCCGAAGUUUUCAGGCAGCAAAGCAGCCAGCUAUCGAUAGACGACGCGAAAAUUAAAGUUGAGAAAGACCCUGAUAAGUCCAACCUCAUCAGCCAGUGGAAGAAGAAACAUGCAGCAAAAAGGCAGUACAAGUGUGACCAGUGUGGCUACUGCACGGCCAGGAAACGGGUCUUGGACAGGCACAGGAUAAAACAUGCCGGUAAAAUGCCUUACAUGUGUGGGGAGUGUGAAUACACCACAGAUAACCAGUCAAGCCUGACAAUUCACAUUAAGAUGGUACAUACAAGGGAGAAGCCGUACAAGUGUGAUCAGUGUGGCUUCCGCACGGCUAGGAAAGGGGACCUGGACACACACACAGCUGAACACACUGGUGAGAAACCCCACCUGUGUGAGAAGUGUGGCUACAGGACAGCUGACAAGAUUCAGCUAUCUGGUCAUAUGAGGAUGCACACAGAACAAAGGCACCAGUGUGACCAGUGUGAUUACAUCACCGCCUUUAAAUCAACGUUGGACAACCACAAGUUAAAACAUGCCAAUGAGAAACCCUACAUGUGUGGGGAGUGUGGGUACAGGACAAGUCUCAAGUCUGAUCUGUCAAAGCACAUGAAGAUACACACAAGACAGAAGCUGUACAAGUGUGAUCAGUGUGACUACUCCGUGUUUAGAAAAGGAGCUUUUACUUUACACAUGGCUAAACACACUGGUGGGAAACCUGACAAGUGUGAGAAGUGUGGGUACAGGACAGCUGACAAGAUUCAACUAUCUUCUCAUCUGAAGACACAUCUUAAAGAACAAAAGCACCACCAAUGUGACCAUUGUGACUUUAGCACGUUGUUUAAAUGGAGGUUGGACAACCAUAAGAUAAAACACUCUGAUGAAAAACCCUACAUUUGUACGGAGUGUGAAUACAGGACAGGUUACCAGUCGGCCCUGUCAAAUCAUAUGAAGAAACAUACAGGAGAGAAGCUGUACAAGUGUGAACACUGUGACUACCGCACAGCUAGACAAGGGUACUUGGACAAACACAUGGCUAAACACGCUGUGGAGAAACCGUACAAGUGUGACUGGUGUGGCUACAGCACAGCUAGAAAAGGGUACUUGGCCAAACACAUGGCUAAACACACCGUAGAUAAACCCUACAAGUGUUACCAGUGUGCCUUCUGCACUUCUAGAAAAUCAGCUCUCAUUCAACAUAUGGUUAAACACACUGAUGAGAAACCCUACAUGUGUGGUGAGUGUGGGUUCAGGACAGGUUUCAAGCCUGCCCUGUCAAAGCACAUGAAGAAACAUACAGGAGAGAAGCUGUAUAAGUGUGACCAGUGUGACUACCGCACAGCUAGAAAAGGGUGCUUGGACAAACACAUGGCUAAACACACUGUGGAGAAACCGUACAAGUGUGACCAGUGUGACUUCUGUGCAGCAAAGCAAGGACAGUUGGAGAAACACAUUGGUAAACACAAACAUAUGGCUGAUGAGAAACCUUACAUGUGCAAUUGGUGUGGAUUCAGGACUGGUGACAAGUCUAGUCUAUCAAGCCAUGUAAAGAGACACAUAUGAGAGCAACAGCUUGGAUAGAAAGUACAUCUGGAACUACAGACAGCUUAGAAACCAGAAUUGAUUACCCACAUGUCCAAACACUCUGGUAAGAGACCCUACACUUACAUGUGUGGGCAGUGUGGGUUCAGGACAGAUACAUUAGUACAUGUAGCUUUACCCUUUCCAGACACAGGAAAUGCAGUAUGGAGAAAAGCCACACGUACAAGAGUGACCAGUGUGAGCACUAGUAUCAAGGCUGUCUGGACCAAGACCUAGCCUAGAAUAUGAAUCAA